UUCCCAUUUUGAGGUGCCCACUGUGUGAUACAGUUUUAUAUUAGAUCUAGCCUAGAUCUACUUGUUAAUUUUAUUCCGUUGAAAGGCCUUGGGCGAGUGUAAAAAAUUGUGAAUGAAUUGGUUAAAUUUCCAUCAACUGAUACAGGCUAUUGCUUAAUUAGGAAACUUCUUGUGAAUGAUACACGAAAAAGACUUAUUAGACAGGACUAAGGACGUGUAUGAUGGCAAAGUCUGCUCUGCAAAAAUAUUGAAAAAAGGCUCUGACGCACUGAAUGAUGUAUCUCUGUGGCUUGGUGGAGUGACAGCAGAGAACUUGCAAAUCAUUUGGUGACUGUAUGAUUUUCCCCAUCCAUGGAUUUGUCCAAGGUAAAGCAGGCAGCAUUGCUGUCUGCUCUAGAGAGUGUCACCGAUGCUGCCACGGAGAUCAUACGGAAUGCCAGAAAUGAUGUUCAGAGCAGCAGUGAAGACUUUGUGUCUCAGAAGAUUGGUAAACUCUUCCGAAUUGUGGGUCUGUACAAAAAAGCCUUUGAAAAGGUUGAAGCAAAGUCCAAAGAUGAAUUUGAGAGGAAAGCGAGUCGCCACUUCAGAGAUGGAAAAAUGAGAGAAGCGUUUGAUGAGCUUCUUGAUGUUGAGCGAGAGUGGGAUGACUUUCUCAUGGGAGUGGACAAAGGUCUUGCUUCAACAGGGGGCCCUGCGUUACGCGAGGGAGAUGUGGGUCCCAUCUCAGACAGCCUGGUCAAUGCUUGCACGGAGCUGCCUACAACAUUUGAGGAUUUCUUGAUGGAUCAGCAGUUUCUCGUGCUUGUGCUGCUGAGACACUUUGCCUGAUUGCCCUGACGAGACCAUGUGCGUGCAAUUGUUUCUAGACAGGCAGAAAUCUCAGAAGCCGGAGGCAGAAUUUUGAUGGUGUCUUUUGGAGAGCGUCAUGGAGCUCUGAAAUGGCUGGAAGAAACGCAGUGUCCGUAUGACAUGGUUUUGGAUGGCAAGAGGACGAUAUAUCAAGCAUUCGGUUUAAGUAGAUCUGUUUAUAAAGUGUGGAGCAUUGCAUGCAUGGUCUACUACGCUGAACAACUUGUGGCUGGUCGGGAACUGCCCAAACCCUUUGAAAAUGUUCAUGAUGAUCCCCAGCAGAUGGGUGGAGACUUUGUCCUAGACCGCCAGGGUGUGAUCAAACUGUCAUACCCGAGCAAAACCUCGUCUGAUCGCCCAUCGGUGGAUCAACUACUGGCGGCCAUGACAGUCAAUGACCCAGAUUCUCUUCCUUCCACAAGCAAAGUUCAAACACAAGACAAGUAGUGUCUUAGUAUCUGAUUUUCUGUGUGUGUGUUUUAUGUGUUUGUGCAUGGGAAAAUUUGACUGUAACGAUGAUGAAGCUGUAAGUGGAGAUGAAUUGACAGAUUUCGAUCUUGUUUCAGAAAAAACAGAUGUCAUUCUUCAACAUAUAUCUUUAAAAUGUUUCUUCGAUCCAUUCAUAAAAAGAGCAUGCUUACUUGUACAGCCAAUAUCCUUCACAACGUUGAGUGCUCUAUUUAUUUUUUUUUUCAAUACCAAGGAACAGUGAAGUCCACUGAAACCAAAAAUGGGGAGACUGCCUGAUUUUCUUUGAAUUAGCCAGAUUU